AAAUCGACAGGGUAGCGAACCAUAUACUGAAGUUUCCCUAUAAAGAGAAGCAUUAAAUCUGUGUCUUCUUGUAGUAGUGAAUUGGUUAUUUAAGCGGAUCGGAAUGUUUAGUGGAGUUAUCGUAAAUCAAACUGAAGAAUUCAAAUCGAUCAAAUGCUAUUGCGAAGGCUACUGUCCUUCGGGAGAAGAUUCCGGCACGUGCGUGACUCGGCCAGGGGGACGAUGUUUCACCUCCAUCGAAAUCCACGUUGACGAUGACGGAAACGAUCUGCCGCCACUGUACUUUUACGGUUGUUUACCGCCAAAGGGAAUGGCAUUAUUCCAAUGUCGGGCAAAGUUUAUGAAUCCUAAAGAGGGAAAGACCAUCAAAUGCUGUGACGAAUUCGAAUACUGCAACAAAUACGUGCGGCCCAGUUUGAAUCCAACAGAACCCCCACUCAUAAACUCUGCGAAUUCGAUUUUCCUGAAAACGUUAGUCUCUUCGAUCGUAGUGAGUCUUAUCAUCAUCUGUGCGUUCAUCGUCGCUGCUGUCAUCAAAUACAAAACGAAACGAGGAGAGGAAGACUGCCACCCUAACGAUAAGGAAUCAAGAGACAAUGUCACGAUAAUCAAUAUUUCGAAUAUUAACAACGUGGUGAAACUCACUGCAAGGAGUGAGUCCCACGUUACUCUGGGAUCGGACAGCAGAUCGAGCUCUGAUUUCGGCUCGAACGUGCACUGUCACAGGACCAUAGCUAGGCAAUUACAAAUGGAAAUGAUGAUCGCAUCCGGAAGAUUCGGUGAAGUAUGGAAAGCCAAAUGGAUGACCCAGACCGUAGCGGUCAAGAUAUAUUUUUCUACUGAGAAGCAGUAUUGGUUGCGCGAGAACGAGAUAUAUCCAGACCUUAGACACGAAAAUAUCUUGGGAUUUAUAAACUCCGAUAUCAAAGUAACCGGCGACGUUGCAAAGUUGUUCCUCAUCACCGACUUUUGCGAACACGGUUCGUUGUACGAUUUCCUACGUUACAACAUCGUAAACAAGACGACGUUCCUCAAAAUGGCCAAAGGAAUCUUCGGCGGCCUAAAAUACCUCCACGAAGAAAUACUGUGCCUUAACGGAAAACAAGCUAUAGCGCACAACAAUUUGAGCAGCAAAAACAUCCUCGUGAAACGGAACAAGGAGUGUUGUCUGGCGGAUUUCAGCAAAGCCGUAAAAUUUUCCAGUUGCAAGAACGAACUGGACGUGCCAAGAUUUUCGAAAAACUCGCACCUCAGGUACUUGGCGCCGGAAAUUUUGGAACAGAAUUUCGACGUAGACAAUUUCGAAGCCUACAAAAUGUCCGACAUCUACAGCGUCGGGUUGAUCGUUUGGGAAAUGCUCAACAGAUGCAAGAACAAAGUAGACGUAGACGAUUAUCAGAAGCCAUUUGCAUUGGAACUGGGCCCCGAAGAAUCUGAGCAUACUCUUGAAACUGUAAGAAGAGUUGUGGUUGAGAACAGGACAAGGCCUGCAUUAAAAACGCAAUGGCAAGAGGAUAGUGUUUUGAAGGUGGUCUGUCAGCUUUUGGAAGAGCUGUGGAAUUCCAACCCAUUUGUCCGACCUACGGCCCUAAGAGCGAAAAAAGUGCUAGUGAAACUAGAAUGCUACUAAAUGAAGCGUAUUAAAAAAAUAUAUUCUUCAAUAUGGUAAUUAUUUCGUGGUUAAUUAACAAUUCUAAUGUGGUGCAAUUUAUUAAAAACUUCAACUAAAUAAACCAAUUUGAAAAACAAUUCAGAUAACCAUGAUUGUCAUUUGUUAAUCGCUAGCUGCUUUUUCUGACCGAAAAGACGCCGAUCACAAAUUAAAUGAAGGUGUGGCAUACUUUCUAACCACUUUACAAUGUCCCAAAUUAAAACAGCUACAAUGCCCGCAUUCUAUUCCUACUUUCAUUACAAGAAGGACUUUUUUACCGUACACAUUAAAAACCCCACAGAGGAAUAAAACUCCCGUCACGGGCAAAACACAAAAGACGACGAGGAUUUCUGCUUCUGCUUGCUUCAAAAACCACUCACUAAGAGAGAAUAUCUGGUUUAAUGAGUGUUCUAUCUCGUUUUAAUACUAAAUAGUCUCUUUUGACAAGCAAAAUUUGGCUUUAGUAAAGGUUUAAAACAGCUCCGUAACGACGAGCGAGACGGAGACGACAGCGGCGGCGACACGUAAAUUUUAGAUUUUGUUUUUCGCAAACAGCUUGCAUUUGAUCCUGUAUUUUUAUGUAGACACCGAAAUUCUGCUUGUUUUGAAGUAAAUCCGAUCGAGGUUUUUUUCAGUGUUAUGCCAGUUUCUACUACUAGCCUUUUCCUUGCUAAUACCAUUU